AUCAUAAAUAAUCAUACUUAUCAACUAUUGUUUCUGCACUUGUACUGAGAUCAACACAUCUACUUCUACUACACCAUCACAAUGAUUCCUAUUGCCAAUCAGGUCAAAAUGGAAGAGCCCACAACACCACAAACAACGACUCCUGCUCCACCCACUUCAGCUCCGGAUGCACUUCGCGGAAUUCUGCCACCAAACCUUUUAGGUCAAUUUCAUUUCCAUCCUGCCAUGGCUCAAGUUCUCGCUGCUCAAGCUCAAGCCGCCGCCGCCGCUCAACAAGCAACUCUUGCUGGCUUCCCCGGAGUUCCGAUGUUUCCACAUGGAAUUCCAGCAGAUCUGAAACCAGAAAUGUUAUUAGGUGGAGGGCCAGGACCGAUGCCCAUGUUCUUCAGUGAUGCUCAUCGUUUAUAUCAUCCAUAUGGUUUAGAUGGAAUCAAGAAAAGAAAUGCAACACGAGAAGCAACUGCACCACUCAAAGAUUGGCUUCAUUCUCAUAGAAAGAAUCCAUAUCCAUCAAAAGCUGAUAAAGUUAUGUUGGCAGUUGGUACAGGAAUGACACUUACACAGGUCUCGACAUGGUUUGCUAACGCCAGAAGACGACUGAAGAAGGAGAACAAGAUGACUUGGUCACCACAAAAUCGACGAGGCGAUGGUUGUGAUGACGAUGAAGACGACGAUGAUGAUGACAUGAACCGUCCAUCAAGCUCAACAUCCAUAAAUUCCGAAAGAAAAGGAGAAUCCCUAUUCGGAAAGCCACAUCUAGCAUCACCAACGCCUUCGGGAGGAUCUGGAGGAUCAGAUGAGUUGACAACACCGAAGAAAGAACUAGUAUCCCCAAUUCCAAAUGAUGAUUCUGAAAGUCCGAAGCGUAAACCAAAAAUGUGGUCGAUUGCCGAUGUCACUUCAGAUGACGAUUCAUCAAAGAAGGAUUCUCCACCAUCAUCAGACGAAAAUCUAUUAACGGGAAGCUUGUUCCAAAACGCAAUGAAAAAACAAAUGGAAGUAAUGGCACGAUUGGAUCCAACUUUGUUCCGUCACACAAUGCACCCAUUCAUGUUCCAACUUCUAGCCCAACAAGCUGCUCAAGGGCAACAACUUGCACUUUUGGCACCACAAACAACUCCUCCAAAUGAAGCAGGUCUGAACUCUCAAGCGGAGACGUCGACGCCAUCUCCAGCAUCUUCUCCAACGUCGUCUCCACGGUCCCACCAAGAGUAGAAACCCCAGCUUAUUAAGUUUAAUUUUUUUAAAUGAAUAUUGUACUCUCUCAAAGUUUCACCUCCUCCACUAAGAACUCUGAAAUCGAGAAAAUAUGAUAUAAACAGCGGGUCUUUGAAUUUCAUUUUUUUCUCCAUCCCAUUUAAGUUUCGAUUAUUUUGGUCUCUCUCUAUGUACAGUACAGUAUUGUCUCCCAAAUAUUCACAUCCCAUCAAAAAUUUCAUUCGGUUACUGUAGCACCAUAUAGGCUUUUUCUUUCUCAUUCAUUUGCUUUUUUAUGUUCUUUUAAACUUUAUAUGAAUUCCAUGACUAUGAAUUUUUUGUCUCUCUUUCUCUAUUUUUUCCCCCAAUUUCUCCCAGUUUUUUCUCACAUUAUUAACAUUAUUAUUAUUUCAAUUCCACACAAUUUUUCACAGGAUGCAUCUAGUUUUUGAGCUUAUGAUCGGUUUUCUCAAUUUCCCGCCAAUAAUUGGAGUACUUUAGAAACAAUUUUCUUUUUUUCUUGCUUUUUCCCACCAAUUCGCUUCAAAUCUCUUCACGCAAACCCACUUUUCUUACAAUCCCAUCUCAUUUCUUUGACAAUUUACAGUUUUUUGUGAGAAAGAUACAACAACCUGCACGCAUAAUUUAGAAAAUGAAGAAGGUUUAAUAUUU